AUGCGACGUAAUUUUGAAUCUUUAAGAAGAAAAUUUAAUAGUACCAGACGGGUCUCAAGAGCAUUUAGAACAGCAGUCCUUAAUACACCAAGAAAAUCAUUUAUUAAUCAUUCCUCAGUUUUAUCACAACAAGCUCCCACUAUUAUUAGUAUUAAUAAUAUAGACAAUGAAAUGAAAGAUAAAAUAAUUGAUGUUACUGAUAAAGCUCUUCAUGAUAAAAAUACAGAAUCAGAUGUUGCAACAUACGUUAAAACAUUUUGUGAUAAUGAAUUUGGUCCUACUUGGCAUUGUAUUAUAGGAAGAAGUUUUGGAUCACAUGUGUCAUAUGAAAAAUAUUUGCAGUUAUCAUUCACAAAUUGCGUCAGAGUUGUUAUUUUUAAGUGUGGAUAA